CAUAUCCGCCUCCGUUUCCUCCUGGGCCUCUGGAGAUCCUCCCGUUACCUAUUUGGCACGCCUUCCCCCCCUUCUCCAUCUCGUCUUUCGCUUGAGCUGCCCGUCCAACGCAACUUGCGAACAUCAACCCACGAAAACAACUCCACCUGCGUACUGGACACUGGUUGCGCUGCUGCACCUCGAGGGGAAAGCCCAGAGAUAGGAGCCACGACCCACGAUCGACCACCCGUCCGACUCUGGCCCUCGCCCUCGCCCUACGUAUCCGGCUGCUUCUCCCGCCCUCUUUUGCCAUCCAUAUCCGCAUCUGCAUCUCUUGCCUCUGCUCUCCUCUAUUUGCCUCUCCCUCACACUCUCUCUCUCACUCGAUUCACAACUCUGAACCAUAACAUCAUCACCUCACCUUAA